AUCCGGUCUCAUCUCGAUAGGGAUUACGGUGAACAGCGCCAUCUAGUGCUUAUCUUUAUAAACGAAUCAAAGUCUUCACUAUUACCAUACUUUAAACCAUUAUUAAUUGAUAUAGGGUACUUUUUCUUUCUUUCUUUCUUUCUUUCUUUCUUUCUUUCUUUCUUUUUUUAAAGAUGGAAAUGGCCGUUUCCAGUGUGCUUCAUUUGUUUUUAUCGAUAAUUUUCCGGCCGCCCCCGGAUCUUUCAUAACUUUCCUUCUCCUGAUCAGCCGUUGGAUCAUCUUAACACUAGAAAACGACAAUUUUUUCCCCAGGUUGUCAGGAUCUCGUGCCGGGAUGAAUAACAUUCAUGAAGACAGUGUGGAUUUUCAGUCCAAUUCGCAAGAGGAAAAGCAGCAGCCCUCUGUUCAGUCAGUCCUGUCCAGAGGAUCCCAGGAGGAAAUCAAGUUCACUAAGGGCCAAGCAGGGCAAAGUCAUGAUGAAUGCAGCACUGACCUGGAAGACGAUAUUUUCACCUCCAGCAGGAGAUUGAAUUUGUCCCCAGCAGAGGUGUACCUAAAGGCCUGCAAGCAGACAGGAGCCGUUCCUGUUUCCUACAUCCUCCGCCACUUGGAUGAUGCUAUUCUAGACCUGAAUUACUAUGGGCUUGGACCUCUGGGGGCCAAAGCUCUGGCUAUCCUUCUGAAAAGUCACAGUGUAGUCACCCACCUCGAGUUGAAAGGGAACUCACUUCAGGCUGAAGGGACACAGUAUCUGAUGGCGAUGCUUUGUGAAAACAUCAGCAUUCAGAGUCUAAAUCUUUCCGACAACAAGCUGGGCCUUAAAGGAGCGGAGGUUAUCUCCAAAAUGCUGUCAGACAAUCGUAAGCUCAAAUCCAUCAACCUCUCAGAAAAUGACUUUAGUGACGCUGCAGCUAAAUGCUUGGCAGAAGCAUUAAAGAAUGAUUUUGCGGUCAAAGAGCUUGACCUUAGUUACAACCGUAUCUGUGAUGCAGGAGGAGAAGACCUGGGUGUCAUGUUAGCAGAGAACAUCGGUAUUGAAGUCCUAAAUCUGAGCUGGAAUCACCUUCUUAUACGUGGCAACGCGGCUCUGAUUGCUGGUCUAAAGGUAAACACGACACUGAAGCAGCUCCAGCUGUCGAACAGUGGAUUUGGCCGUCCUGUGGUACAGCUGCUGGCUGAAGUGCUGCAAAAAAAUGACACACUUGCGCUGCUGGACCUCAGCAUUAACUGUGUGGAUGAUGAAGCUGUAAGGCUGCUCUGCCAGGGCCUGGCCACCAACGAAACCCUCGAGGUUCUCAAACUCUCUCGCAACCCCAUAACGAAAAUCGGAGCGCUCACGCUGCUCAGAACGGUUAAAAACAACAUGAAAUCAGCACUGGAGGAGAUCGAUAUUUCUAGUGUGCUUGUGUGUGAGACCUUUGUGGAGCUCCUGGAAGAAACCCGCGUGACCCGCCCUGCUCUGCGGCUCCAGUAUUAUAUUCUGCCCUCCAUCGCCAAGAACUUAUUGGCACUCGGGAUCUUUAAGAAGUUCUUUGAAGAGCAAAAUAAGAGCAUCAUGGAUUUCUUCCAGUCUCUCGACAAAGAGGGAACCAUGAAAGUCUCCACCUCUGCCUUCAGGAAGGCUGUAAAGGAAGCUAACAUACCUCUGGAUCAACGGCAGCUUGGCUGGUUGGUCAGGAAGUUUGACAAGAACUGCACGGCAACCAUAGUGUACAGUGUUGUUCAGACAUUUGUGUAGGUGCUGGCAGAGAAACAAAGACGUACAUUAGGACCCAUUGUGCCCUGUGAUUAUUAAAGUAAACAGAAAUACUGAAGAGGUAUCAUACACAGCUGCAAACACUUGAGCCUGUGAUUGUGAAGUGGGAGAAAGGGCCAAGCAACCCUCAAGACUUUGUCAGAGAUGAUCCCAUUAUUUGGAGCUUCUCAAGAGCUGAGCGGCAGGCUGGCUAAUGAGGCUUUGAAGAUCCAUCGCUGGCACACAACUCACAUACGGCAGAGAAUUCGGGGAGCGAAACAGAAUCUGGCACGAGAUAAAAUGUUUUUGCCAAGAUCGGCCGCAAAGACGUCCAUUGCCUCGGCGCUCAGCUUUUAUUUUGCCGGCAUUGCUUUUCCAAGACCUUUUAAAAAGAGACAAAGACUUCCCAGGAGAUGAAUGUGAAUGUGUAAUGUCCAGUUCAUCUGCAAAAAGACAGGUUUUUUUUGAAAGAUCUGGAGUAAAGUUAGGAUAAUACUUAUGAAAAUAAAAUAUCUGCCAAGAGAACAGGAAGAAGAGAUUUUUAAAACGAGUAAAAAUAUCUAACAUAAUAUCUAAUAUACAACAUUUGGCUGGAUACCAAGAUUUAUUUAUUUUUCUCAAUCCGUAGAAAAAUGUGUCUAAAUUCACUAGACUUCUUCAGCUCAAGAAAAAAAAUAGCAAGAGGAGAAUAGAGCACCUAUGUAUGAACAUGAAGAAGAAGAGUGUGAGACAAGUUUCAGUACAUAUAAAUCAAGAGAUUUAAUGUUUGAAAUUGUUUCUUUAAAUAAGUAGAAGCAUUUCAUAUACGAGAGCGGACAAUGAAAAUGAAUGUUCCAGCAUUAAAACCUGCAAAUUGUGCACUUUGAACUUUACUUCGAACAUAUUUUUCAUAAAGUAACAAAUUCUGUGUAUCUAUGUAAAAAAGCAUGAGGUCUUUGUUAUGUAAAGUUUCUGCUAAACAAAAAUGAAAUGUUCGUUUGUUUUACUAAAAUCUGAUAACAGUUGGAUCAGAGCAUGUAACCUUGACAACAGUGAGCGAGACAAGUUUAUACUAGAUCGCUAUAUACAACACAGGACAGGCAGGAAUAUGAUUAAACCAAGUCAAACAGAGUUGAUGUGGACAGCAUAGCACUGCUGUACACACAAGUUCCAUACAAAGACCUGGUUUCCUGGUUACUGACUCAUUUUCCCCAGGCUGCUGCCGGUUACAGUGUCUAACCAAAGCAA